AUAAAAAAUAACAAUAAAAUUCUAUUCACGAAAAGUUUAUUUUGGGAGAAACGGGGAAAUGGCAGCGUAUUCAGAUAGUUCUGCGAGCGAAAAACCACAUAUAACAGUCGUUCGACCAAAGUUUUUACAAACUGUGGAGAAAUCGAAUAACAUCGACGCCAGUAGCAGUAACAAUGAUGAUAGCGAAACGCCCAUAUUUAGCAAACGUAAAAUCAUGCUACGAAUACCAGAUCAAUAUAAAGGAGAUUUUAUGCACUUAACAGUCUCAAAAAACUGGUUAGUGUGUCUUUUAGCUGCUCCUGCACCUGCAACUCAAAUAACACUAUUGCGUUUCUUUUUGCUUAGAGCUUUGCCACCGGGAGCAAUCGCCUUAGAAAAAUAUCUAGCUGGGUAUAAAAUUGCAAAUUUAUUUUUGGAUUAUACUGGACAUCAUAUGCUAAUCAGUUUAACACCGAAAUCUCCGGGCUUAUUAGCUGACUUCCUAUAUAUUCAUGCCACUGGUCCAAAAGUACGUCGUAUUGAGAAAUUUAAAGAUCAUGAAAUUACAUCGGUUGCUUUUAACAGAGAAUAUGGUACAGAAUCGUCCACAGGUCCUAUAUUAUUGGGAACAAAUCGAGGUCUAAUAUUUGAAACCGAACUUACUCUAGAAGCUGAGAAACCUUCUUACAAGAAGCAGGUGUACGAUUUAGGCUUGGGUCGCCCAAAAUAUCCCAUUAAUGGUUUGGAGUUUUUACGUGUUCCCAACACUAACCAAUAUCUGAUAAUUGUUGCAGCACCCGAUUAUAUAUUCACAUUCCAGGAAACAUUAAGAUCCGAUGAAAAGUCUUUGCAAUCAAUUUUCACUGGCUAUGUUAAUGGAACGCAAUCGCAUGGCUUCGAGACCGCAAAAACAGAUCUAAAUUAUUCGGUAUUGAAAUUGUAUGCGCAACCUGGUGAGAAAUUUGCUUCGCUCUGGGGUUGGCUAUGCGGCUCAGGUAUAAGGCACGGGCGGAUAGCGCAGAGCAGCAUAACGACGGAAAAGUUUCUUUUGGGCGAUGACCUUGUUCCUUUAGAUAAAGAUAUCGAGCAACGCAAGCAUUUGUCGUCUGAAGAAAGACGUCUCAGUGUUCCAGUUUCAUUUGUUUUAACCGAAUAUCAUGUUUUACUUAUGUAUCCCGAUCAUAUUAAAGGUAUUUGCUUGCUUAACCAACAAGUUGUCUAUGAAGAAUAUUUUCACGAACAAAUGGGCAAAUUGCUGAAUAUAGUGCGAGAUCCAUUUACCGGUUCAGUUUAUGUUUAUACCGAGAAAAUGCUUUUCAGUUAUAAAAUUUGCGAUGAGCAUCGUCACGUUUGGCAAAUAUAUUUAGGUAAAGGUCUUUACGAUUUAGCCGAAGCUCAUGCAGGAGAUGAUAAAAAUAAAAAUUUGGUCUUGGAAUCUAAGGCUCAAGCGGCAAUUCAAAAUGGCAAUUAUAUGGCUGCAGCUGAAAUACUUGCUGAUACAAAUAAUGCUUUCGAGGAAGUAUGUUUGAAAUUUAUUGACCUGCAGGAUAAACAUCCAAUCAUCACCUAUUUAAGAAAGCGUCUCGAUAAAUUGCCAACAGAAAAUAAUGAAGAACAAUUAAUGGUUCUAGUAACAUGGCUUGUCGACUUGUAUCUAACCGAGAUCAAUUAUCCUGGACGUUCUAAAGUAGAAAAAGAGGAAUGGCAAAUAGCAUACGACGAGUUUAUGCGGCAAUUUUCCGUAGUAAAAUUUGUACGCGCCAAUCGAGCUACAAUACACAAACUAAUUGCUCAGCACGCCGACAAUCAUAAUCUAGCACAAUUUGCAAUAGCAAACGAGGACUACGAAGAAGUUGUUUUACAGCACUUAGCCGCCGAAAAGUAUUUAGAUGCGUUGAAUAUACUGCGCAAGCAAAAGGAUCCUGAAUUGUAUUAUAAAUAUUGCCCGAUAAUUAUGGAAUUCAUUCCCCACGAAACAAUUGAGGUUCUGAAAUCUCAAGGACGAAAAUUUCAAGUAACGAAACUAAUACCCACUCUAAUAACAAUUGAUACCCCACUGCAUAUAGCAGAAGUUACUAAAUAUCUUGAAUAUUGUAUUUAUAAUUUGUGUGAGACGAAUACAUCGGUUCAUAAUUACCUGGUAAGAUUGUAUGCCCAACAUCAGCCUCCUAAAGUGAUUGAGUAUUUAGAAACUGAAGGUCACGAUGCUUCACUAGUACACUACGAUAUAAACUAUGCUCUAUGUGUAUGCUUGCAAUUUAAAGUACACGAAGCGUGUGUUUUCCUCUAUUGCCUUUUGGAAUUAUGGUACGAUGCUCUCGAUGUUGCUCUACGCUUCGAUAUGGCAUUGGCGAAAGCAACAGCAUCCAAACCGAAAGAUGAAGAAACUAAAAGUGAAUUAUGGCUACGCAUCGUAUGCCACGAAAUCGAGGGAACCAACGAUGUUAAAAAAGCUUUAGAUUUGCUAAAUGAAUGCAAUUUAUUACGAAUCGAGGACUUGCUGCCCUUCUUUUCUGAUUUCGAGAAAAUCGACGACUUCAAGGAGCCAAUUUGCAAGGCCCUCAAAGUAUACAAUCAAAAAAUUCAAGAAUUGCAACACGACAUGGCAGAAUGCACCAAACAAUCGGAACGUGUGCAAAAUGAUUUAGAAAAUAUAAGAGAACGUUGCCUAAUUAUCGAAAGUCAGGAAAUGUGCAAUAGUUGUGAUACCUAUUUGCUGGUUAAGCCAUUUUUUGUAUUCGGUUGCGGUCAUAAAUUUCAUGCCGAUUGCUUGGAAAAAUCCGUCGUGCCGCAUUUAAUUUCGGAGGAAAGCCGCAAAUUGACUAUGUUAAAGCAACAGCUAGAAUCAAUGCUAACACAAUCAGCCGCCAUGGCAGAAAACAGUAAAGAGUUGCAGAAAAAACGUGAAAAACUCAAACAUGAAAUUGAAGAGAUAGUUGCAGCUGAUUGUCCUUACUGCGGCCUAAUGAUUGACACAAUUGAUCAACCAUUCGUAGAAGAUUGGGAUCAAGUGAACGUUGAUUGGGAGUAAAUUGAGUAAAACUACAAAGGUAUAAAGUUGUUUCUUAUCAAUCAUGUAAAAAAUAAAUGAUAAAAAAUUAUUAAAUUGUGUUCU